AUGCAGACUGGUGAGCAUCAUCCACUGGUGGCCCCAAAGUCUCUGUCGCCUUUCAUGAUGCGUACUUACUCCUUUGCCCACCUUACUGCUCACGCUUUCAGUUAAGGACGCCGUCAACAACGUCUCUGAGACCAUCCAGGGCAAGGGCCACGAGGCUUCCGCCGAGGCUAACAAGGGUGAGCAUCUCAUCUCCUCACCUUCACUCACCCCGCACGUAUGCUAAAUGUUCCUUCCUCAACGCCACUCGCCUCAGGUGUCGCAAAGGACUCCAACGCUUCUCUCGGCAACCGCGCAGAGGCUGCCAAGGACUACGUUGGUGACAAGAUCGACCAGAACAAGCACGAGGGCAAGGCUGAGCUCCACGAGCAAAAGCUCAAGCAGUAA